AGUACCGUCUGAUCUCUGUUCGUAUUUCGAUGCACACGCAAUCGCCGUACAGUAGCUUGAUUGACUAGACGUUUCUGCACUCAUUUGUCGUUAUUUUGCUGAUAAAUCCUACUGUUCUCAUCGCUGUUCAUUGUUUAUCGUUUAGAUUCUUCGGUUUUUGUGAAAUCGUUACGGAUUUUACUUUAAUCGACGUUUUUAGCUUUACGUUUGUACUGGCGGUUUUCUAAAUUAGUCUAGUAAUCGUUGAAUUCGUUGUUCCGUAGUUUUGUUCAGGUAAUAAUAAUAAUCGACGAUGAACACUUGAAGAUCCUGAAUCGAUUUAUUCGUUUUGCAAUUUAGUUUGAUGAGGUCGGUAUGAUAUCUCCAAGUAAAUUGAGGAUGAAGUUGAUGGGCCAGAGGAAGAAAGAUGGAGGAUCAAAAAGCAAUUCAGCAAGAACAUCUCCUUCUAAACUCGAAGAUACCGAGUUUGUGAACAGCAGUUUGUUAGCUUCAAACUCCGGAGUGUUUGAUGAGGAAGUGUCUAGCAUGGGAAUUUCAUCAGUCACAUUCGAUAACCCGCAAGUUGAUCCGGGUCGUGUGAAACCGCACCAAUUUCAGAAGAUGGAUACUAGUAAUUCAAGCUCGGUUCAUCCAAUAAGAUCAUUAGAAGACGAGAAUCUCGAUUAUGACAGUAAUGCUAGCUCAUCCAGCUUUGAGUUUCAAAAAAGUGAGCGGUUGACACAUAAUGCUUUUUCAAGAUCCCUGUUGCGACCGAUGUCUUCAAAAUGGAAUGAUGCUGAAAAGUGGAUAAUAAAUCGGCAAAAUAUGCAUAAUCAUAAUCCGAAAAACACUAUGCAAACCCGAGUGAACCGAGGAGGGGCCGUAAAUACCGUACAUGGGAUUAAAAGUUCUACUACCGAUUCUGUUAGUUCCAUUAAACGCGUUGACUUUUGUCAACCCACACUACAACCAGAGAAGUUUUCAUUUACACCCUCUGAGCCACCACAGCGCCCUGUUUCUGAAGGGAACGAGUCAAUCGAUCAAUUUCUUGAAAGUAAAGAUCUAAAAGAAAUCGACACCAGGGUGCCGUCAUGUGGACAGAAUGUAAAUGAAGAUACAACAGGUUGUCAUGAAGUUAAAACGGUGUCAAUGAGAGACAUGGGAACGGAAAUGACUCCGAUUCCGAGCCACGAGCCUUCAAUGACUUCGACACCGGUGGGGGCCACAACCCCUCUUCGUAGUCCGAAUUCUUCACUUCCAUCUACACCUAGAAGAGGUGGACCAACAUCAACACCUAUACAACACGAUGACUCACGUAACCCAAAAGAGUUGACCGAGCAGGAAGUCAAACUUAGAACCCGAAAGGAGAUCUUACACCUUGGGAUGCAGCUCGGGAAGAUGAACAUUGCUGCUUGGGCAAGCAAAGAAGACACGGAAAAGAAAGCGUCGGGUGUUGAAAAUGACAAUGCGGCAGAAGAGUCGUUGAGGAUUGAAUAUGAGAAGCGAGCUGCUGCUUGGGAAGACGCCGAAAAAUCUAAACAAAAUGCGAGAUUCAUCCGCGAAGAGAUCAAAAUUCAAGCAUGGGAGAGCCAACAGAAGGCAAAACUUGAAGCUGAAAUGAGAAGAAUAGAGGCUGAAGUUGAACAAAGGAGAGCCCAUGCACAAGCAAAGAUGUUGAAAAAGAUUGCACUAGCAAGACAGAAAUCGGAAACAAAACUGGCGGCAGCGGAAGCCCAGAGAAGCAAGCAGGCGGCACGGGCGGUAGCACAGGCGGAAUACAUCCGGCAAACUGGUCGUAUUCCGCCAUCAUCGCCCAACAGCUGCUGUGGUUGGUCAUGAUAUAGUCUGUAAUUAGUCUGGUUUGGUGAUUUAUGGUGUGGUGUUGAUUGACUUGCAUUGCAUAAUUUCUAGUUUGCAUUUGAUGAUCCAGCAGCA